CCCGCCCCUCGGAGGAGCCGCCCGCGGCCGGAGACCCGGGGCGCCGCCGGGAGCGGCGGGGCGAGCGCGGCGUGCCGGACGCGGGCGGGCGCGUAGCGGCGGAGCGGGUCCCGGAGCCGUCCGCGCUCAGGAGCGGCGAUGUCCGUGCAGGUGGCGGCCCCCGGAAACGCGGCGCUGGGCCCGGAGCGCCUGAGCGCCGAGGAGCUGGUGCGCCAGACGCGGCAGGUGGUCCAGGGGCUGGAGGCCCUGCGGGCGGAGCACCGUGGCCUGGCCAGGCACCUGGCGGAGGCCCUGGCAGGGCAGGGCCUGGUGGCGGGCUUGGAGCUGCUGGAAGAAAAGCAGCAGGUGGUGAGCCACGCGCUGGAGGCCAUCGAGCUGGGACUGGGUGAGGCCCAGGUGCUGCUGGCCCUGUCCGCGCACGUGGGCUCCCUGGAGGCAGAGAAGCAGCGGCUGCGAGCGCAGGCCCGGCGGCUGGCCCAGGAGAACUCGUGGCUGCGGGAGGAGCUGGAGGAGACGCAGCGACGGCUGAGGGCCAGCGAGGAGGCCGUGGCCCAGCUGGAGGAGGAGAAGAGCCACCUCGAGUUCCUAGGGCAGCUGAGGCAGUAUGACCCGCCCGCGGAGAACCAGCGGCCUGAAUCCCCGCCUCGCCGGGACAGCCUGGCCUCCCUGUUCCCCAGUGAGGAGGAAGAGAGGAAAGGUCCGGAGGCAGUGGGGGCCGCAGCCGCUCAGCAGGGGGGCUAUGAGAUCCCCGCCCGCCUUCGGACCCUGCACAACCUCGUGAUCCAGUACGCAGGGCAGGGCCGCUACGAGGUCGCCGUGCCACUGUGCCGCCAGGCCUUAGAGGACCUGGAGCGGAGCUCAGGCCACUGCCACCCUGACGUGGCCACCAUGCUCAACAUCCUGGCGCUGGUGUACCGGGACCAGAACAAGUACAAAGAGGCCACAGACCUUCUCCACGAUGCCCUGCAGAUCCGGGAGCAGACGCUGGGCCCCGAGCACCCCGCGGUGGCCGCCACCCUCAACAACCUGGCUGUGCUCUAUGGGAAGCGCGGGCGUUACCGGGAGGCCGAGCCGCUGUGCCAGCGUGCCCUGGAGAUCCGCGAGAAGGUCCUGGGCACCGACCACCCGGACGUGGCCAAGCAGCUCAACAACCUGGCCCUGCUCUGCCAGAACCAGGGCAAGUUCGAGGAGGUGGAACAGCACUAUGCCCGAGCCCUGAGCAUUUAUGAGGCCCUGGGGGGGCCCCACGACCCGAACGUGGCCAAGACCAAGAACAACCUGGCCUCGGCCUACCUGAAACAGAACAAGUACCAGCAGGCAGAAGAGCUGUACAAAGAGAUCCUCAGCCGGGAAGACCUGCCUGCCCCUCUGGCCCCUGCGUCGGAGCAGCUCAUUCUCCAAGUUCCGCGAGUCCCUCCGGCGUGGAAGCGAGAAGCUGGUCUCCCGUCUCCGAGGCGAGGGGGUGGCUGGGGCAGCAGGAAUGAAGAGAGCCAUGUCGCUCAAUAUGCUGAACGUGGAUGGUCCAAAGGCUGCAGGGACCCAGUCCGCCAACCAGCACCUGAGCGAGGCUGCUCGGACCCUCAGCGCCAGCACCCAGGACCUGGGCCCCCGCUGAAGUUGACAGGACCACACGGCUCCAGCUUCUCAGGAAGAGUGGGGGAGGGGCGGGGGGUGGCCUUUCAGCUCCCGGAUGACCUCUCCCCUGGGGGGGCCCCCGGGGUAUCGGGCUUCGCUGUGCCCCGCUCUCCUCCUGCGAUUAAAGGCUGUAGAUUCGGAAGCCAGGAGCGUCCGCCUGCGGCUUCGUGCAAGGACCCGGGGCGACUGCCGGGCUGCUGCCGCUGA